UCUACCCCUCAAUUUAUCAACACCCAUCUCAGUUUAUCAGCUAAUACAAGGAUUACACCUACCACAGGCUUAUCCUGAGUCUUUCUGGACCUAACAAAAAAAAUCUUAACGUUUGUUCUGUUCGGUCUGUACUUAAUGAGUCUGUCAUAAAACCAUCUGAUUUGGAUUGUCCCCUGAAAGACAAAUUUCAGAUUGUGGGUUCGGUAAAUGGGUUGAUUUGUCUUAGGAUCGGGGUAGAAGAACUUUUUAUACGAAAUCCAUCUAUCAAGAAGUUCAAGAAAGUUACUGCAGAAGCUAUACCGAGGUAUGGUCAGAAAGCAUAUGGUUUUGGAUAUGAUAAGCUUCAUGAUGAUUAUAAAAUACUGCGUAUGUAUACUAAUACUAGCCAUGAUCUUAAGGUCGAAAUAUAUAGUUUAAAGAGUGACUCUUGGAGAAGAGUUGAUGAUUUCCCGGCUGGGAGCAGACAGUUUGGUUCGGCGAAGUUGGUCAAUGGGAAGCUUCACUGGGUUAACAUUCAUAGUAAUCCUUGGUGUAUUGAGGGGGAUAUCAUUUAUUUUGAUUUGGCUGACGAGAAAUGGGGAAAGUUGGAGAAGCCUUGCUAAUUGCUGGAAAAGGAGAUUUUUGUUUGAAGCUUGGAGUGUUGGAAAGUGAUCUUUGCAUGUUUCUUGACUAUGAGAAAACUUGCGCGGAUGUGUGGAUUAUGAAGGAUUAUGGGGUCAAAGAGUCUUGGACAAAAAUAUAUACCAUCAACUUUUCUAAUGAUAUUUCUAAUCUGUGGUUUCCACUUUUUUUCAAGUCACAUAAAGGUGAAGUUUUGCUUGCAUUUCGAUCAAUAUUCAUGAUAUACAAUCCAAAGGAUGACUCGAUCAGAUAUUGGUGAGCAGUGCAGAGGAAACUGCAUCUACUAUGAAAACAGAGGUAUAAUAGUGGACAUCUUUCGGGAAGUUACCACCAGCAUACUAUCAUAAUGACUUUGAUAAUGAUUUUUACACCGGUGGUUGUAGUUUUAGUGGUGAUGAUGAUUAUGAUCCAAUUCAUGUUGACGGUGAUGUAAAACUUAGCAGCAAUGAUGGCAAGAUUGACAAGAAUGACCUUGGUAGCAAAUCAUCUGGUGGUCUUAGCAAGGAAGUAGGAACUGAAACUUAGAUAUAAGGGAUCACAUGGUGAUCACACGGGUAUCUUUACCUUACAAGAUGGUAAACUUGGUUCAUUGUUAUCCUUCCUCGUAUAUGCAGAUAUUUUCUGGCCACCACCAUCUUGGCUUAAUACUGAGGAUCAGGCAGCUUCUUCAGCCGCGCACAACUGAAUUUUCGCCUCAACGUUGCCCUUUUUUUUUUUUUAAAUUUUUUAUAUAGCUUUUGCUACUUUGGUAUACUGGCUAAUGACCGAAAGAUUUAGGAACUUUGUUUCUGCAUUCAAUGCCUUUCUUUUAUUCGCACCUUUUUAAUUUACUGUGAGGUGUUAAUGCCUUCGAGAAGAUGAAAAUUUACUUGUGUAUUUA